CGGGCCACCUGCUUUUAAAGGGUAAAAAGUACUUCAUAUAGAGUGUGAAGAGGUCACACAAGCUACACCUGUAUAGUCUUAUACAAUAAAUACGAAUACAGAAGUUUUACAUACUUCGACUACGCUUAUACAUGCAUGCACACAUAGAAAUACACAUACACCAUGGUUAAGGAAAGGGAUGGUAUUCACUUACUGCUGGAGUUUGAACCCGGCAGAACUUUGGUAAACAAGCGGCAGAUGGAUCUGGGGUCUACAACUAUGGUACAAGAAUUUCUUACCAAAGACGAGUGGUUAGGUAUGCGGGACUCUCAAGCUGAGUUCAAUCGAGUGCUAUCGUCAGCACCUAAGAAAGACUUGGUGGAAGAACUUCGUACACUGUCUGUGCUAUUGAACAGGCAAUCCCGAGUUAAAAGUGUGACAUUCCGUGUGGAUCACCAGAAAAAGAACCUGUUUGGCCGCAAGGAGACGGUCAAACUGUAUGCCCAGGUGAGGAAGCCUGCCAUGGGAGCCCCUACAUUGGUGGCUGAUACGAGCGCAACGGGCUCUAACAAUAGAUUAACCAAGUCUCAAACAACUAAUGAUAGUACCUUGGAAGUCACUGAGCAGCAACAGCGGAGGGGCUCGGCUGUCGCGAGUGUGGGAGGCAGCGGGGCACAGGUGGCACCUACAUUUCCGGCGGUGAAGAAACAAGCACCCACCGCACCGGCACAGAAAAAAUCCGCACCAAGUAUACCAGUACAACAAACCCGGUCGCCAGUACAAGAACCAGAUAACCAAUACAUGAACCGCGUUGAAACCAGUACGAAUAGUGCGUCCAAUAUUGAUCCCACUGUGCACGUUUCGCAAGGAACGGAUGAGGGUUUGUACCAGAAUUUCACGCAGUCACGCCCGACCUCGGGAGCAACGCGUGCCCAGGGAUCACCUACGCCUCAAAUACAACAACAAAUGCAACAACAACCGCCAGGUGACUCGGAUUAUGUCAAUAUCGACUAUGAUGAGAACGACAAUACUCCCAUUAUACAUCCUGCGGCCCCCCAGGAACAGGACGAAUAUAUGAACUUUGGGUCCAAGGAUAGGAUGCAGAUGAAGAACGAUAGUAACGGUACAACGGUCAUUCCCUCUCAGCCGGCUAAAGGCGGUGAUGUCGAUGCGUACAUGAGCUAUCCGGACCAGUCGGGUGCUCCUACUAAUAGUGCACCGCAAACUACGGAGGAUGACGGCGAAUAUAUCAUGUACGAACCCAAAAAGAUGCAAAAUGCACGCGAUGCGAGCGACACCCAGAAUCAAAUUAUAGGAGAGGGCAGCUCGUAUAUGAAUGUGGGUGUCAUUAAGCCAGCUUCACCCACGCAUGCACCGAGACAAUCCGUACCACAGGUACAAGACCACAACCCGGACGGGGGGGACUUAUAUAUGAAUUACCAGGAUGCGCAAAAGGCCCACACAGAGAAUGAACAAGCGCGAGAAGGGGUUGCUAAUAUCGUAUUAUCUCCGUCCAUGACAGAAUCGCACGGCCCUGCACAGCCAAUUUUCAACCAGGGCACGCUGAAGUCUCAGAAGUCCGUUUCAAGCGUAGAUGCGCGCGCAGGCGCACCCAAGUCUAAACCGGUGCCUAUGGCUCGCCCCAGACCCGCCAGUAGACCUAAACCCGCGUUCACGGAGGAGAGUGCUAAAAGCACAAAUGGAAUGUCUAAUAAUACAUUGAUGCAGCAGGUGUCCCAAACAUCGAUUCAGAGCCGGGUCAGUCCAAAGUCAAGGCAGUUGCCGCAGGCAUCUGGAGCGGGCGGCCCAGUACAAGUGCCUGUUGCGAGGUUAUUUACGCUGGACGGUCCUACUCUAGAGAAGUCAUCGUGUUUUCAUGGGUUUUCAGCAGACACAUCACGCGGGGAUCGUCGACGAGCAAUCGAGGAAGUGAUGGAUCACAAGCCAACAGGAUGCUGGCUGUUGCGCCACGAUUCACGUGGUGAACGCUUCGUUUUGGUAGUCAGAUACAUCGAUCGCACCCUGCACAUUCCGGUGGACGCCAAUGCCGGAGGCCAGUUCUCCAUCGACGUUGACAAGUGGUUCGACAGCGUCGAAGCCCUGCUGGGUCACUACCACUCGCACGAACUUAGCUCCACCAUUAGCACCAUGCUUACGAACGCUAUCGUGAAAGUGGAGCAACCCUUAGAUGAACCUGAGCCUGAUGAGGUGGAUGGAUACUUUGUGAUGUCGCCUAAAGCUCGAAAAGGGAUAUAGGUUUUCAGCAGUGCUAGUUAGUAUUCAAAGAAUUCGGUGAAUGUGCAUGGAAUACUACGAGCGGUUGAAAAUUAACAUACCCAUUAGUAAAAUUCGAGGUUUCAACUUACAAUUGGAGCUACUCUUGAUUACACUCAAGGCUUCAAUUUACAAUUCGAGCCGUACAAUUGGUAUAUGACUAAAUAUUUAGAACUUUUCCUGGGCUAUACUUAAAUCAAAGCAUUAAAAUGUAU